AUGACAUUCGGUUCCGGAGGAUCCAGCGUUGUUGUUCCUCGAAACUUCAAGUUACUGGAGGAACUUGAACGUGGGGAAAAGGGUAUUGGAGAUGGUUCUGUUAGCUAUGGAAUGGAUGAUGCUGAUGACAUUUACAUGCGUUCUUGGACUGGUACCAUAAUUGGUCCACACAAUACUGUACACGAAGGUCGCAUUUAUCAAUUGAAGCUAUUCUGCGACAAAGAUUACCCAGAGAAACCCCCAAGCGUUCGAUUCCACUCGCGCAUCAACAUGACAUGUGUGAAUCCAGAGAAUGGAGUGGUUGAUGCGAAAAAGUUUGGUAUACUGGCAAAUUGGCAGAGGGAAUUCAGCAUGGAGGACAUAUUGACUCAGUUGAGAAAAGAAAUGGCUGCGCCACACAACCGAAAGCUUGUUCAACCUCCAGAAGGCACCUUUUUCUGA